CACGAGCAUCUUGAUUUUAACAGUUGGCUUGUCAUUUUCUUUAGGAAUGUUAGAAAACUUUUUGCCUUUGUAAAAAGUUGUUCCAUUUUCUUUGGAGUAUACAAAUUACCCACGUUGUCUAUGUAAUAUUCGUGCGCAAAGGAAGUUUUAUUUGUAUAUGAAAGUGACUUAAUCGGUGGAAUGAUGAAGGUACAUCGACGAGACAAAAAACUUUUGCUCUCUGUCACUGCAUUUUUUCUCAUCGUUUACCUUUCAUUUUCUUAUGUGUCUACUAAUCCUCCAGUUUAUUAUGGACAAGUUGAAGAAAACGCACCAGUCGGAACUAUAGUGGCUGGGUUAUUUUUGCCUUUUGCACCCGAAUGCAGAGAGUCGAGCUAUACGGGACUGAAAAGUGCUUUACAAGGGGAGGACGCAUCAAAUUUUUCACUUGUCUUUUCGGGGGAAAAGGGGCUCCUUUUGAAAACCACUAAAAGUUUUGACAGGGAGAUUAAAUCGACGUAUUUGGUGAAUGCCCUUCUAUCAAGCUGCACAACUAAUAUAGUGACAAUGAAAAUUGAGGUGCUGGAUAAAAACGACAACAUACCCCUGUUCAUCACUAAAAAUGAAAUGAUAGAAAUUGACGAAUUAACACCAGUCGGUACCGAGCUGGUACGUCUUAGAGCAGAAGACAAGGACGCAGGAAGAAAUGGCGCAAUUAUGUAUUUUACAUUUCCAAACAAAAACGUACACGUGGUUCCAAAAACGGGUCAGGUACUGCUUGUUCAUUCUCUUAGCGCACCGAGAAACAUAACUGUUCCAGUUUAUGCCAAAGAUCACGGAGACGUAGCCCUAGAAAGCGAACCGUUUCAGCUUCAAAUUGUAGCUACAGCCACAGUUAUUACGAACAGAAGGAGACCAAGAGCAGUAUCGGAAGAACUGUACUAUACUGUAACGCUUUCUGAAGAUGUAAAAGUCGGCGACACGAUCUUCACUGUUCCUGAUCAAAAGUUCGAAAAGAAGUGGUUCGAGGUGAUAUCUGAGGAAGAUCCGCCCGUCCAAAUAGAACGUGAAACAGGUCGUGUCUACUUAGCACACAGCCUGACAUCCUCCACGCAGGUGAUGGUUAAAAUCCAGAACAUUAGAGGUGAUGAGUGGUACCUGUGCAGGCUCACAUUAACCCUGCCCAGUCUAUCAGACCUACAGUGGGCAAUGUUCCCCUGUCCAUACCUGGCUGCAGUAGGCCCUGAUGCUGCUCCGGGCUCCAUUGUCUACAAGCUGGUGGCCCGUCAGAGGGGCGGAUCUUUUCGCGGAGCCCAAUUCCUAUUGGUCGAUGGUGGCGAGGACUGUUUUGAGGUGGACCGAAGCUCAGGGGAGGUGCGGACCACAGGCAAACCCCUGAGCCCCAGUAAAGAGUACAUUCUGACAGUGCAGGCUGUGGACACCCAGGGUAGGAAAGGUCCUCGGGCCUCGCUGGCCAUACUGGCCGGCUACCGCCCACCCCAGUUCACCAACUCCUCCUACUCCAUCUAUAUCCCAGAGAGCACAGGAGUGGGCCAAGUUGUGGCUGUGGUCCAAGCUAUCUCCUUUCAGAAGAAGACCCUGUCCUACAUGCUGUUGGUGAACCCAGGCAACCUGUUCAGCAUAAACCAGGAGAGUGGGGCGGUGAGCGUGAGCCGUGCGGUGGACUAUGAGAGUGGCCCCAACCUCCACCACCUGCAAGUCCGCGCAUCCGAGCAAGACACAGGGCUCAGCAACAUAGCUGAGGUAGCGGUGCAUAUCACCGAUGAGAAUGAUUGCACUCCAGAGUUCAUGCACUCUAUCUACAGCAAGGACAACAUCCCAGAGACCAUCCCACCUGGAACCUCCCUACUGCAGGUGCUGGCCAGGGACUGUGACACCGGCCUAAAUGCGGAGAUAUCCUACUUCGUCCAGAGUCUGGAGUUUGCUGUCUCAUCUCAGGGGGUGGUGAGCCCUAGCAGGAAACUCAACUACGAACGGCCCAACCACAUGUAUGAGUGUGUGGUGGUGGCCGUGGAGGGCAUGCCCCCUCGCACCGGAACAGCCUCCAUCCGCAUCCGCAUGGCCAACGUCAAUGACGAAGCCCCUGUCUUCUCCCAGACUGUCUAUAAGACCUUCUUGUCAGAGGACGCAGGUCCUGAAACUCUUGUGGCCAUUGUGCAUGCCAAGGAUCCAGAUGGGGAUGGAGUGACAUAUGCCAUUACUGGGGGCAAUGAAGACAGUAACUUCGAACUUGACAACCAGAAGGGCAUCAUCAAACUGCGUCGCAGCCCUCCACCCAAACUGCGCGGGCCACAGUAUGUCCUCGAUGUUACGGCAACCGAUGACAACGCCUCUGGCGGGCCCCUCCCCCUCAGCAGCUCUGCCCAGGUCAUCGUGGGCAUCAAUGACAUCAACAACAACAAGCCCGUGUUUGAUGAGUGUUAUAAUUACAGCUCCAACGCUCUGGUCCUGGAGAACCAGCCUCCAGGUACGGUCGUGCUACACGUGCAUGCGCAUGAUGCAGACACAGGGGUCAACGGAGAGGUCAGAUACGGAAUCAUGCAACGGGAUGGAGCCUCACCUGGGUUCACCAUCGACUCCGACACAGGGGUGAUCAGCACGGUAGUGAGUUUUGAUCGAGAGAGGCAGAGAGAGUACACGCUGUCUGUCACUGCCACUGACCUGGCUGAGGAGCCUCUCAUCGGAAUCUGUCAGAUCACCGUCCUCAUCUGUGACCAAAACGACAACGACCCCAAGUUUGAGAACAGUCGUUACCAAUACUUCCUGAGGGAGGAUACGCCAGUGGGCACCAGCUUCCUGCGGGCAGCGGCCCACGAUGAUGACCAGGGCACCAACGCUGCCAUCACAUACUCCUUAUCCCACCAGGAGCCGGCCUACUUCCGCGUCAACCCCAGCACAGGAUGGAUCUAUGUCAGCCACCCUAUCUCACAGACGUCACGGAUCCUACAGCAGAUUGUGGCCACAGACGGUGGGAAGCGCAGCAGCUCUGUGGACCUCACCGUCACCAUCACCAACGUGCACAACCAGCCGCCGCAGUGGGAGCAGGCCGAGUACUGGCUCACCGUUCCCGAGAACACCAUCCGCGACACCAAAAUAGUGACCAUAAAAGCCACUUCUCCUCUUGGUGACCCCCGUGUGACCUAUAACCUGGAGGAAGGUCAGGUCCCUGAGACCAAUAUGCCUGUGCGUUUCUACAUCAAGCCCAACCGGAGGGAUGGCUCUGCCUCCAUCCUGGUGGCAGAGCCUCUGGACUACGAGGCUACGCGUUUCUUUACACUACGCGUGCGAGUGCAGAACGUGGCAACAGUGCCCCUUGCCUCCUUCACCACGGUCUACGUGAACGUCACGGAUGUAAAUGACAAUGUGCCGUUUUUCAUGUCGAGCACAUAUGAGGCCACUGUUCCAGAGGGGGCAGAGAUUGGCACAUCAGUGGUGCAGGUGUCGGCCUCUGACCUGGACUCUGGCCCUCAUGGCAUGAUCAACUACGUCAUUCUAAAGGACCAGAGUGGGGACUCUCAGUUCUUCAGCAUCAACCCCUACACGGGCGUCAUACACACCCGGGCUACCUUCGACCGUGAGCAGAAGAGCUCCUACCUGAUCGAGGUCCAGUCCCAGGACAGCUCCGAGUCGGCCCGGCCUGGGCAGCAAGGACAGCCCAACACAGACACAGCCUAUGUGAGGAUUUUCAUAACGGAUGUGAAUGACAAUGCCCCAGCCUUCUCUCAGCCUGUGUAUGAGAUCAGUGUGGAGGAGGACAAAGAAGUGGGCUAUGUAGUCAUUACUGUCACUGCUAAUGAUGAAGAUGAGGGUGCCAAUGCCAAGCUGCGCUACCAGAUCACUUCUGGGAACACCAUGGGCACCUUUGAUGUGGAGCCAGAGAUCGGCACCAUCUUCAUCGCCCAGCGGGUAGACUAUGAGCAAGUCCAGAGCUACAGGCUACGACUGGUGGCAUCGGACGGCAAGUGGGAGAACCAGACCAUGGUGGUUAUCAACAUCAUCAACCAAAAUGAUGAAGCCCCCAUCUUCAGUCAGACAGAGUACCACACCAGCGUCACAGAGGAACUGACCGACAUGCCUGUCUUCGUUCUGGAGGUGUCAGCAACAGAUCCUGAUCAGGAAGCAGACCAGAGUGCAGUACGAUACUCACUUCAUGGCCAGGGUGCUGGAAAUGGGUUCAGUAUAGACGAGCUCAAUGGGAAGAUUUAUGCCCAGAAGCGUCUUGAUCGAGAGGAUCGAUCAGCCUGGAGAUUCUUGGUGCUGGCCACUGAUGAGAAUGGUGAUGGACUGACAGGCUUUGCUGAUGUUUUGGUGGAGGUGCGCGACAUUAACGACAAUGCACCCAAAUUCCUGUGUACCUCAGAUGGCUGUUUUGUGGGUCAUGUUCCUGAGAACUCACCGGCAGACACCUCCAUCAUGGAGAUGCGGGCCACUGACCUAGAUGAUCCCAAAGCCGGAAAGAAUGCUGUCCUGACGUACAGGAUUGUUCAGAAUGUCCGUAAUGAGAUCAACCUGAACCUGUUCUCCAUCAACCCAGCUACAGGAACCAUCUAUACGGUGUUGCGAUCCCUAGACAGGGAAGUGGAGGACCGUUACCUGGUGGUUGUGGAGGCUAUGGAUGGAGGAGGUCUCUCUGGGACUGGAACAGCCACUAUUGUUGUUUCCGAUGUGAAUGAUCACCCUCCAGUGUUUACACAGAGGGUAUACACGACCUCCAUGGCAGAGGACCUGGAUAUCAACAGUGAAGUACUGGCAGUGUCUGCUACAGAUGGGGAUGAGGGCGAGAACUCUGUGAUGACCUACAGCAUCUUGGGUGGAGAUGAUGACCGCAAGUUCUUCAUCGAGACAGACAAGGUGAAUAGGCGAGGAGUAGUGCGGCUGAAGAAGAAGAUCGAUUUUGAGAAGCCUCAUGAGCGCACCUUCAAUCUCACAGUCAAAGUAGAGGAUGCAGACUUCUUUAGCCUGGCCUACUGUGUUAUCCAGGUGGAGGACUCCAACGACCAUGCACCUGUCUUCUUUCCUCAGUUCUAUGACGUGGGCUCCAUGUUUGAGGAUGUGCCUGUGGGCACUAUUGUGGCCCAGGUGACAGCCGUAGACCUGGACUCAGGGCACAAUGGAAAGUUCUCCUACAGUAUCACCCCAGAGUCUGACCCAUUUCAACAGUUCCUGGUGGAUAAGAGUGGCUGGGUUGUAGUUGCCGACUCUCUGGACCGAGAGAAGGUGUCUCAGCAUAGGCUGAUGAUCCUGGCCACUGACAUGGGUAGCCCUGCCCUAACUGGCUCUGCCAUUGUGCUGGUGACCAUUCAGGAUGUUAAUGAUAAUGGGCCUGAAUUUGAGGCCCCCUACCGCCCCAUUGUGUGGGAGAACACCAUUGCACCACAGGAGGUCCGUAUGAAUGACACCUCCAUCCUGCUCCAUGCUGUAGACAGAGACACCUCACCUAAUGGAGGGCCUUUUUCCAUUCGUCUACUGAUGCUCACAUCGGACGUCACAAACUUCAACCUGACAGAUCUGCGUAAUGGCAGUGCCAUGAUAACAGCUCUUCGCACUUUUGAUCGGGAGCAGCAGAAACAGUACCUCCUCCCCAUUCUGAUGAUUGACAGUGGCUCUCCUCCAAUGAGCUCCACCAACACACUGACUAUCAUAAUAGGAGACAGGAAUGACCACCCACAUACACCUGGACACUCUGAGUUCAUAGUCUACAACUAUGAAGGUACUCUCCCCACAACUGUACUUGGACAAGUGCAGUCACCUGACCUUGACGACUGGAGUGAAAAGGUUUACAAAUUCGAAGGCAAUCCCCCUAGACAGUUUAUUCUGAACCCAAGCUCUGGGCAGCUGAGCAUCAGGGCCGGUACCCCCGCCGGCACGUACAGCCUGCAGGUAUGUGUGGCUGACAGGAGCUGGCCUGACGUAACCUCCACGGUGCAGGUUACAGUCAGGGAGCUGAAGGAGGAGGCCGUGCUCAACGCUGGCUCGCUGCGCUUCUCCAACCUGACGGCGGAGGAGCUCCUGCGGGCACCAGCCGGCGAGGAGUCACGCUACCAGCGCCUGCUCCACCUGCUCUCAGAGGUCGUGCAGACAGAGCUGGAGAAGGUGCAUGUGUUCAGCCUGGCAGACAGCAGACAGGCCAGCCAGCAGCACCUCAACCUGUGGUUCGCUGCCCACGGCUCGCACUACUACAAGGCUGAGAAACUGCAUGGCGACGUAACAAAAUACAAGGCCAAGUUGGAGUCAGCCCUGGGUGUGACCAUUCUGCAGGUGGGGGUGAAUGAGUGUGCCUACACAGACUGCAGCCACACAGGGGGCUGCUCCAGCAAGGUGGUGUUCAGCGACACCCCUUCUAUACUGAACAGUGGCAGUGUCUCCCUGGUGUCCCUCUCAGCCACAGCAAGCGCCCAGUGUGGGUGCCAGGCCCGAGAGAGCAAGCACCUUUCCUGCUCCACCUAUCCUUAUGGCCCCUGCCUGAACGGGGGCAGCUGCAUGGACAGCGACAUGGGCUACAGGUGCAAGUGUCCACCAAUGUUCGAUGGGCCAGAGUGCCAGCAGACCAAGCACACGUUCCUGGGCGACGGCUACGCCUGGUUCCCUCCUAUAAGACCUUGUUUCCAGAGCCAUAUCUCUCUGGAGUUCAUCACAGAGGCAGCCAGUGGCCUGCUGCUCUACAGUGGCCCCCUCAGCCCAGCACGGCCCGGGGAGCUGGAGGACUUCCUUGCGCUUGAGCUGAAGAAUGGUGUUCCAUUGCUGAGUGUUAAUCACGGCUCUGGCACUCUCACUCUGCAGCUUCCUGCCCUAACCUCCGUCACAGACCGCCGCUGGCACCACCUUGACAUCAUCAGUGACGGGAAGGAAGUACAGCUGAUUCUGGACCGCUGCUCUGGAGCCAUGGUGAAUGAGGUUGAAGGACUGGGAGUGGAGGUCUUUGAGACAGACCAGUCAGUGUGCAAGGUGUCUGCAGACACUCCAGGCAGCGAGAGAUUCCUGAAUGUGGAGCAGCCUCUGCAGCUGGGUGGGGUGAAGGAGGCCCACCCACUGCGCAGCACCUACCCUCACUACAGGGGCUUUGUGGGCUGCAUCAGAAACCUGGUGGUGGACAGCCAGGUGUAUGACCUAAGCAGUCCUGCAGAGAGUCAGAACAGUGCCCCUGGGUGCAGCCUGACGGAUGGGGUGUGUGUUACGGCGGGAGCGCCCUCCUGUGGCCCCCAUGGGAAGUGUCUAGGAGAGUGGGCUUUCAGCUGUGACUGCCAUGCUGGAUACAGCGGACACAAGUGUGACAAAGCUCUUCCUGAGUGGUCCUUCGAGAAGGAUAGCGUGCUGAGAUACCAGUUGAGGGGGGGAGCCAGCCCACGCCUCACUCAGGCCCAGCUCCUCCUCCGGACGCGCGCCUCCUCUGGCAGCCUGCUCAGCAUGAGUUCCCGCAACUCGGAGUUCAUCAUACUGCAGAUAGUAGAUGGCUUUCUGACUGUUAACUCUAACCUGGGUGAUGGAGACCACACCCUUAAGCUGGAUAGCCAACGAGUGGACCACGGCCAGUGGGUCCAAGUCAGCCUCCAUCGCCAUGACAACCUGUUCACCCUGCAGCUGGAGCAGGGUGGGGGCUCACGAGAAGUCACGGCACUCCUGGGUCACAAGCGGGAGAUAGUGGUGCAUCCCUCCAGCGUACUGCUUGCACACGGAACCUCACACAACACACACGGCCACUUCCAAGGCUGCAUGCGUGAUGUCCGGCUGAAUGGCCAUUCCCUGCCUCUGGACGGACGGAGCACUGAGUUUGCUACAGUCCUGGAGCGGCGCAGUGUGGAGGCGGGCUGCCGCUCAGAUGCCUGUGGCUUGGCUCCAUGCCAGGCCCCGCUCUAUUGCGUGGAUCUGUGGAGGAAGUAUGAGUGCAGGUGUCCGGCGGGCCAGCUGGCCGAGGCAGACGAGCUGACGGGGCUGGUGCACUGCGCAGCGUCGCCGUGCCGCUCCUCCACAUGCCACAAUGGUGGCACCUGCCUGGCACACUCCACCAAAAGCUAUCACUGCCAGUGCCCGCGAGGCUUCCGGGGCCAGUGGUGCGAGUUGAGCCAAGCCAAAGCACUACGGCUGGCCACCCUCAGCCCCAGCACUAUCCUCGCCAUCAGCAUGUGCCUGCUUGUCUUCUUCGCUGUGCUGGUGGCAGUUACCGUGUGGAACCAGAAGGGAAGUAGGGAUAAAUUCCGGAAGCGAGGAGUGUAUCACAUCCCGGCAGAGCAUGAGAGCUGGGAGGACGUCCGUGAGAAUAUUCUCAACUACAACGAGGAGGGAGGGGGAGAGCAGGACCAGAAUGCCUAUGACAUCACGGAGCUGAAGAGGCCGUUGUGCUCCAGCCUGUCCCAGUCUUCAUCUUGCACCACAGCCCCCCUCAUCAAAUCCUCUGAGGGUUCCCAGGAGGAGGUGCACCCCGGGGGCGCCCCACCAGCCUGCCCUCAUGGAGCCGGCCCCGCUCCUCACUGUGCCAUGGACUUCAGGAACUAUGUCGCACGCAUCAUCUGGGAGGCGGACCACGACAACCUGGCCCUCCCUGUGGAUACCUGCCAGGUGUACUGCACUGAGGGCACAGGUUCCGGCGCAGGUAGCCUCAGCUCACUGAGCUCGGCCUUCCCGGAGGACGACUUCUGCUACGAAUGGCUGCCCACCUGGGGCCCCAAGUUCAAGGGCCUAAGUGAUCUCUACCACAGGUCACAGCUGGGCUUAACCUACGCUGACGCCACGCCCAGUCAGAACGGCAGCCAAAGCUUCGAGCAGCUCCACUGACUCCAUGUGCCAGCCAGCGAACACCCAAUUUGCCGUUGUUGUGUCUGUGCUCUAAGAUCCUUUACUGAGUUUAAUUUAGAAGGCAGACAUGCUCUGAGGAUUGGUGGCAGUCCGUCUCUCCAUUUGUAAGACUGCCCCAAAAAAGAGGAGACUGUGGACUGGCUAACAGAAGUGUGUCAUUUGUUGAACUUUCUCAGUGUGAUCUGCUACAUGUGCUCUAUUUAUUUUAACCCUGAGAGAUGUUUUACCCAGGGAGAAAAGCCAGAGACUAGCAGUGUGCAGUUUUACAUGGGGAGGCAUUUUCUAUACUGGGGUUCUGUUGAGCCACAUUUUAUCUCCAGGAGGAGAGAAACACUCAUUCCAAGCAGAUGAGCAGCCAUGACAUAAGCCUGUUUUGAAGUUUAUUUGAUGCUAGUAAAAAGUGCUGUAGCACCAGGAAUGAAUCACUUUUCACUUCACCCAACCUGCCAAUUUGCCAAGUGUAAAGGCACAUGCUUGCAGAGAUGCUUGUGAUGUUGGCCACUGCAAGACAUACGCAGUUUAAUCGGCUGGACAAAUAUACACAACUUUACGUUAUUUAAAAUAGAAGAGCUUGUGAUAGUGAUUAAGUUAUUUUUGCACUGAUAUAAAUCCUAUCAUGGGUGUUCAGUGUGUUACUUUUUGCUUCUUUCACAGUAAGACUUUUGCCAUUCCUUUUCUCCCCCACAAGGGAGUUGCUGUGUAAAGCCAGUCUUUUCUGACACCUCUGACAUCUGUUGUAUCAAGGUGAUGCCAUGUUUGUGUCACUGACAAAGUCUGAUGAAUGCACAGCCAGGAAAAAAGCAGUGUGUUUGAGUUCAGUUUCAAAAAUGUGAAAAAAUACAAUCACAAAAAUAUGUAAUUGCUUAAAACUGUUUGGAAUUACCUAAAUUAAAAUUGUUCUAUUUUUGUUGAUGUGCAGGUGAGAAUAUUAGAUCUCAAAAGUGUCCUCAAUUUAUAUUUUGCAUAAAAAAUGAAUCCUGUUUCCAUUGUCAACAGUAUUAUACCUUAUUUGUUUCAUAAAUAUGUACAUGUUUAAUUUUUUUGUUCCCAGUACUUAAAUGUAUGGGUUUGUACACCAAAGAAAUGUACCAACUCUGUUUCAUUUUAUGUACGUCAUCACAAAACCAGCUCAUGUGACUAACUGUUUUCAAACUAAGAGGAGACCAGUAGUCCAGUCCAGAUAAAGGGAGUAGUGUUACUGUUUCCUAGUGCCCCAAUAGGAGUUACAGGUAGAGUCCAGGUUCUGGACUUGUAUCCUACAAGGCCAGGCCUGCUCCAGAGCCCAGACUGACAAGGGUCAUAGCAGCCACAUGUGUUCACCAGGAUAUCUAUACUGUGCAUGCAUCCCACUCUCUGCUCAUCACAGCUACCAUACUGUCCCCACUACCAGCUAGUGAGGCCAUAUGACCUGCCAUGUAUAUAAUGUACAUGUGUUUUCUAGCAAUCUGUCAAAUAUUCCUUUUUGUAUAUGGAUUUUAAUAAAUAUGUUUUUCUUAAA